UGCCUUUAAAAUGUCUAUUAGUGAUGGACAAUGCUCCUGCUCACCCCCCAGCUUUAGAGGAAGAUCUAGUUGAUGACUAUAGCUUCAUCAAAGUAAAAUUCUUACCCCCCAAUACAACCCCUAUUCUGCAACCCAUGGACCAACAGGUCAUAUCCAAUUUCAAGAAAUUGUACACAAAGGCCCUCUUCCGGAAGUGCUUUGAAGUGACAAAUGACACACAGUUAACUCUGAGGGAAUUUUGGAAAGAACACUUCAACAUCCUAAAUUGUGUAAACUUGAUUGACACUGCUUGGAGUAAUGUCACUCAUCGCACAUUGUAUGCGGCAUGGCGAAAACUAUGGCCCGAAAGGGACAGUGAGGGUUUAGAAGCUGAGUCAGCUCCUGUCGUUGAUGAAGAUGUUGCUGUAGUUGAUGAUAUUGUGGCCAUAGGAAAGACCAUGGGCCUUGACAUCCAACAAGAUGACAUCAACGAACUUGUGGAAGGUCACGCUGCUGAGUUAACCGCCGAGGAACUGAUGCACCUACAACAACAGCAGCAGAAGGAUAUGGUGGAAGAAAUUUCUUCUGAAGAAGAGGAGAGAGUGGAGGAUAUUUCUAGUGGCCUUAUUCAUGAAAUGUGUGCAAAAUGGGCAGAAAUCGCAAACUUUGUAGAACAACAUCACCCUGAUAAAGUGGUAGCAAAUAGAGCAGUUAACAUUUUUAAUGACAAUGUUAUGUCCACUUUCCGCAAAAUUUCUGAAAGGAGAAAAAAACAGCAAACAAUUGAAAAAUUCUUCCGUAAAGAAAUCAGACAAGUAACUGCAGAGAAAGAUUCUGAUUCUCCUCAGCAAAAGAUACAGAGAACAGAAACACCCGAAGAGCAGUUACCCUCUGUUUUUAUUGAAGAGGACUCCCCUUCAAGACAAUAAAGAUCUUAAAAAAUGUUUCACUUUAUUGUGAUCCUCAUGGUUCCAAUGAAAUAACUACAGUGUUUGAAUUGUUAAUCUUCUGUAAGUA